AUGUGGGCGACCGGUGCGAUAGUUUGCUCGCCAGUCUUUCGGAUUCUGACGACGUGUUGCCCGAUCCGAAGAGCGACAACAUCCAGCGGGGUAAGUGGAAAAUGAGCUGACAAAAAUGGCUGCUUCUAAAGAAAGUGGAAAAGUUAAUGUGGAAAACGCACGAAAGAAUUAACUCCUUUAUUGCCGGGUCGUUAAACAGGCGAGUUGUAGCACACUUAUUGGUUGUUUCGCUCUUUUUAUGCCUAUCAAAAAUUCAUUGCUAUUUUGGCCGGAUAGAGCUCUUUCUGUCCAGAUGGCGAGGAGUACCUUAACUUUUCUUUCAUUUUCUUGAUUUGACCUAUUUCAACGAUCACGGAUCCUGGCAAUAGCCUGUUUUUUAUUCAUAAUCUAUCGUCACGUUUGCGCCGAAAUCCCUCAUCCGAUUCGCAUGUCCGCGAACACGGUGACGAUCAAAACAACGUGUCAUUCUUCCUGCUCUCGUCCUCUACAAUAGUAGAUAUAGCUCAGCGCACAAACGGCCCGGGGCGGAAACAAUUCAUAAAAUACAACGUGCUCCGCCUAGGCUAGCUCCAAAAAGAACAUGACACGCACAUGAUGAUGCUCAUACGUCGUUUUUAUGAGCGGGACCCGCGCAUCUACGUAUUCUGUCCUUUUUUUCCGUUUUUUGUGGAAAACAAUGUAUAUAUCGAAGACCGAAAAAAAGAAAAAAGGGGGGGGGGGGGGUUCCCGAAAUUUGUCCCAAGAAUGUGAAAAGCGAGCACAUUUCCAAUUUCUCGCUCCAAUGAAAAAAAGAUACGAAACCAGGAUAGUCUCGCGACUAUAAAGUGCGGGAAUAUUCUGACUUUCGGCACGUUGGCUUUGGAAAAAUGUGCUAAUUGAUUCUGGCUUUUCGCAAUGUUCUUUUAGGGAGCUGAAGGAGACCGCUUUAAUGCAUUUGUGACUGACUUCUCCCAUUAAUUUCUGGUGUGUGUUAGUCUUCAGCCGGAGGCAGUUCCGCCGAGUUUGGAGGCGCUCAAAUCAAGUGUGCCAAUCGGCAACAAACUUGUUGUCGCCUUCAAUUUUCAGCCGAUUUUUCACACGUAAAGAAGAUUGAAAAAAAGGGGCGAAAAUGAGUAAGAAGGCAAUUUCGUUUCCACCUGCAAAUAGCGUUUCUUGCGCUUUAUUGGUAUCCGAGAAACGGGAGGUGACGUAGCCGACCCGAAUCUGAGUAACCUUUCGAGAAAUCCUCCCUAAAUCCUUUCUGCCAUCUAUUUUUCAUUCAAAGUUAACAAGUAGCCAGCUUCUGGUUUAUCAUUCGGUGCCUUAAUCCUCUGAAUAUAAUAAUCUCGUGUGCGAGAUAAUCUCUGCAAGAAGAAGAAGAAGAUGUGAGCUUUCUUAAACGAUAAAAACAUGAGAGAAGAAGAAAUGUGUCUUCGUCGGGGGAGUGCUUCCAACAAAUAACCUUUUCUCACAAAUUAUCCGCUAACAUGCACGCAAUUAGACGCACUUCAUAACUUUUCGAGGGGCAGUGUCCGCGGAACCAAAUCCGGCGGAACGAUGUUAUUACAUAUUCUGCGAAGAGAAAAACACGAGAAAAGGAAAAAGCAACCACAUUAUAUUAGGAGAAUUUUUUAUUUUGCAGUAUGCUCCGCGGCCCAAAACAGUUGACAUUGGCAAUGGAGCCGUUCCGAUUCUGGCGUCUAAACCGGUCACAGUGCAGCCGAAUGGAGACUAUUACGAGCACGUCAACGGAUCGGCGCCAGUUUCAGCAGCGCCGCCCGUGAAGCACUACGGGAACAUCCAUUUCCGGGUCGAGUACGACUUCGAGCAGUCCAAGGUGAAUGGCUUUCAUCGACAGACCGUGACGGCGCUUUUUAUGACUUGUGUUGCAUUGAAUUCUAGGUGUCUGCAAUUCCUUUAGAAGACAUAUACGAACUGCUUAAGUUCUGAGAUUCAAACAAUGUAUUCUCCUGCUGCGUCAUUUAAUCUUCUUGGUCUAAAGCCUUAUCUCUUCCAGUUAUCCGUCACGAUUGUCAGUGCUUCCGACUUGCCAGCCAUGGACCGAAAUGGAAUGUCAGAUCCAUAUGUGAAAGUGUACGUGUUGCCGGAACGUAAACAAAAGUUCGAGACUCGAAUCAUCCGCAACACUCUCAAUCCCACCUACAACGAGACGUUUCAGUUUUCGGUAUAAUUUGGGUACUCUUUGCAAAUAGUGGACUGCUUUCAGAUUCCGUUCAACGAGCUUCACGCCAAAACUCUGAUGCUCGUGAUCUACGACUAUGACCGAUUAUCGAAGGACGAUAAGAUGGGUCAGCUCUCGGUUCCGCUGGAAUCCAUUGAUUUCGGCAUAACCACUGAUAUCGAACGACCGCUCCAAAAGCCGGAAAAGGAUGAUGAAGUAAGCCUGUUAAGUGAAGUAAGCCUGUGCCCUUCGUUUUAUUUUGCCGUCUGAGCCUCCCGCCAUCGUAAACACGUUCAAAUCAGGAGUAUCGCACUCCGAGGAUCUAGUCCGCUUUUCGGAGAUAAAAGGAGAGAGAGAGAGAGAAUAUGUUUGAUCCAGUAUCCAAGAUUGACGGGCUCAUGCGUCUGACAGGCUAGCCAAUUUUAAUUUGUGUCUACAUACAUCUUCUUUCCGAAUAUCCGCUUUGUCGGAUGUCAGUCGGCGUCGAGAAAAAGAACGAAACGAACCAAAAAAGAUGGAAAAAACGGAUGAAUCUGGAGUGACGUGAAUUGAAAAAUUGAUGAUAGGUCUCUCGGAGAUUCUGUGUGUAUGUGCAUGCCUUUUUUCUUCUUCAUUUUGUCGGUGGGAGAUAAACGCAGUGUUUCGUGAAAUGAAGGGAUUGGGACUUUGUUAUUCAGACUCCCAAUUUUGCAGAAAGAAUGUCGUCUCGGGGACAUUUGCUUCUCGACGCGCUACCGUCCGGCCACAGGUACCGUAACCCUGACCAUAAUGGAAGCACGGAACCUCAAGAAAAUGGACGUCGGCGGUUCAUCAGGUUAGCCGUCCUCCUUCUUUCCUCUCUCGAAUAAAAUUCAAUUCAAUUCGUGACUUCCUGUUUCUUUGCGUCAAAAAAAAACGUUUUCUGUCAACUCUCACUCACUCACUUUUCCCUUUUUACUACGAGAUACAAACAAAAAACAAUUAGGGAGGGGUCCUUUCCUCCACUCGGCGCGCCUCAAAAAUCCUUCCAAUUCUAUUCCUCGUGACAUUGGAAGAAGGAGAAGAAGAAGAAGAAGCGGGGGAGUUUGGAUGGGGGACGAUGACUCAAUAUGUAGUAAAAGGGCGCCUAACUCUCAAAUUUCAUGAGCAUUUACAUCUGAAUUGCGACUGAGGGACUUUUAAUUUUUAGAUCCAUACGUAAAAAUCUACUUGCACCACGGCAGGAAGUUGCUGAGCAAAAAGAAGACGUCGAGGAAGUACAAAACUUUGAAUCCGUACUACAACGAGAGCUUCCAGUUUAAGAUUGAACCUCAUAUGAUCGAGGUACACUCAUUAUACUUACUGGAAUUAAUCGUCAGAGCUUUCAGAAAGUACACCUCAUUGUGUCGGUUUGGGAUUAUGACAAGAUGAGCAAGAAUGACUUUAUUGGAGAAGUGACCUUAGGUUCAAAGCAUCUUAAUCUUCCCCAGGUGAUUUAGAUGAUCUAAGCUGCUCGUGCAAACAGAAAUGCUUUCAGAUCACACACGCAUGCAGUGAGCAAUGGGCCGAAAUGAUGAUGUCCCGAAGGCCUGUAGUCCAGUGGCACACGUUACAAGAGCGGAUGGAGAAGGAGAAGAAGAAGGAGGACGACUGA